AUGUCUCCUUCCAUAUACCCCCACUUUCGCAAGACGGAAACAAGCAAAGAGCUCGUCGUGAAUGGCAAACCCUUUCUAAUCCUAGGAGGUGAACUUCAAAACUCAUCUCUUACCUCGUCCGAGUAUAUGAACACAGUCUGGCAGAAAUUGGUGGACACUCACUACAAUACUAUCCUUGGAUGUGUUACCUGGGAAGAUAUCGAGCCAGUGGAAGGUCAAUUUGAUUUUAAAGAGCUUGACAAGGUUAUCCUCGGUGCGCGAAAUUAUGGAUUGCAUCUAAUACUCUUGUGGUUUGGGUCGUUCAAAAAUGGAAUCUCGACCUACACUCCAGCAUGGAUAAAGACUGAUAUCAAACGCUUUCCGCGAGCUAAGCUACGUAAAGCAGGCGGUGUUCUUGAGACAGGUGAUGUUGUUUCGAUAUUCUACGAUGAGGCACUCAAGGCUGAUGCCAAAGCCUUUGCUGCGCUGAUGAGGCAUCUCAAAGAAUUCGACGGUGAGCAUUCGACCGUUAUUAUGGUUCAAGUUGAGAAUGAGACUGGUCUGUUGGGAGACUCUCGAGAUGGUUCGACUGCGGCAGAGAAGCGAUUCGCAGAACCAGUGCCACAAAACUUGCUUACCUUCCUUUCCAAAGACUGGAACAAUCUUCAUGAGGACCUUCAGAAGAACCUGAAGGUUUUCCAAACCCAACAGAACGCAACGGGUGCCUGGGAACAGGUUUUUGGAAAGGGCCCUCACACCGACGAACUCUUCAUGGCAUACCACUACUCCCUGUACCUCAACCGCGUUGCAGAGGCUGGCAAGAAAGAAUACCCAAUUCCACUUUACACCAACGUAUGGCAGAACUAUGUUGGAGAUGACGGCGACAACGCAUUUCCAGUAAUCGCGGGAGGUGGAGGCAAACCGGGAGACUACCCAUCAGGUGGAGGCACGAGCAAUGUUCUUGACAUCUGGCAGCAAUUCGCACCUUCGCUAGACUUAAUUGCACCUGAUGUUUAUUUGAACGAAUACAGAAGCUCGUGCCUCAAGUACCGCCAUCGUAACCAGCCACUUUUCAUCCCUGAACAACGUCGCGACGAGUACGGGGCACGACGAAUUUGGGCGGCAUAUGGCUCGUAUCAAGCAAUCGGGGUGUCACCCUUUGGCAUUGAUACCCUGGAGCCAGAAACUAGCGCUUUCACGAAACAUUAUGCCCUGCUCGACUCCGUGUCUCAAAUCAUACUCGAGGCGCAACGAACAUCACACGUUUCAUCAGUCGGAUUCUUCUUCGACGACCUACCCGAGAACGGGCCAGACAACUUCAAACCCUUCGUCAUAAACCAUUGGUCUCACUAUGAAAUAACCAUCGAGCCAUGCUUUGUUUUUGGUCGACGCAGCCCUGGCUGCGGCAUCGUGAUUCACCGUGGUGGCGGCAAAUUCCUCCUGAUCGGGUGGGGAUUUCAGGUCCGCGCACGCAGCCUGUCGCCUAAGAGCACCUUCACGGGCAUUCUCCGCUUCGAAGAGAAAUUCGUGGUUAACAAGGAGACUGGCGAGCUAGGGACGGCAAGAAUCUUGAACGGCGAUGAGACGAGGAGCGGUAAAUUUGCAAUGAUGCCAAGUGAGGAUCCGGAUUAUGGCGGGUUUCCGAUUUGUGUCACUAUUCCGGCGAGGACGAUGAUAGCAGAGGUGGAGUUUUAUGAAAUUGCUGAUGAUGAAUAUUAG